AUGCCUGAUGGAACCUCCAGAUUCCACUGCAAGGGCAAGGACCUUUUGCACUUCAUGGGAUGUUCUACUUUCUCUCAAUACACCGUUGUAGCUGAUGUUUCCGUCGUCGCAGUCAACGAAAAAGCCGACUUUGAGAAAAUCUGUUUGUUGGGAUGUGGUAUCACUACCGGUUACGGUGCUGCUACCAUCACUGCCAACGUCCAAGAAGGUGACAAUGUCGCUGUUUUCGGUGCUGGAUGUGUUGGUUUGUCUGUCGUUCAAGGUGCCAAAGAGAGAAAGGCCAACAAGAUCAUUGUUGUUGACAUCAACGACAAGAAGAAGGAGUGGGCUACCCAAUUUGGUGCCACUGACUUCAUCAACCCAACAACAUUGCCAGAAGGUACUUCUAUUGUCCUGAAAUUGAUUGAGAUGACUGAUGGUGGUUGCGACUACACUUUCGACUGCACUGGUAAUGUGAAUGUCAUGAGAGACGCAUUGGAGGCAUGCCACAAGGGCUGGGGUGAGUCCAUUAUCAUUGGUGUUGCUGCCGCUGGUAAGGAGAUUUCCACCAGACCAUUCCAAUUGGUUACCGGUAGAGUUUGGAGAGGUGCCGCUUUUGGCGGUGUCAAGGGUAGAUCCCAAUUGCCAGACAUUGUUGAAGAUUACAUGGAUGGCAAGUUGAAGGUUGAGGAAUUCAUCACUCACAGACAUCCUUUGGAGAAGAUCAACACUGCAUUUGAGGAUAUGCACCACGGUGACUGUAUCAGAGCCGUGAUUAAGUUAUGA